AUGGCAGAAGAAAACCAGCAGGGGACCUUGGAGAAUACAAAAGAAAUGCGCUCAUUAGCUUUGACUCCCACAUGGUCAGUUGCAACCGUGUUAACAAUCUUUGUGGUUGUCUCCUUGAUCGUGGAACGGUUAAUCAAUCGCCUGAGUAAUUGGUUGCGGAAAACUAACCGAAAACCUCUGCUUGCUGCUGUGGAGAAAAUGAAAGAAGAGUUGAUGUUGCUUGGAUUCAUAUCACUUUUUCUCACUGCAUCAUCCAGCCUAAUUGCUAAUAUUUGCAUCCCAUCAAAGUUCUACAAUAGUCGUUUUGCUCCUUGCACCACGGCUCAGAUUGAUGAAGAGAUGGAAGAGAACUCCAUUUCACAGGGUCGCAAACUAAAUACGGUUUCUGGCAUCCAUCUCCGUAGGAUUCUGAAUAGCUUGCAGAGGAAUACUUGCCAUGAGGGACAUGAACCAUUUGUGUCGUAUCAAGGCCUUGAACAGUUGCAUCGCUUCAUCUUUGUCAUGGCUAUCACACAUAUAUCUUACAGCUGCCUGACAAUGUUGCUGGCUAUUGUCAAGAUCCAUCGGUGGAGGCUGUGGGAACUUGAGGCUUAUAUGGACCGACAUGAUGUCUUAACAGAAAUCACAAGGGAGAAGACAUUUCAAAGGCAAACCAGUUUCAUCGGAUAUACUCCAUCAAGCCCUUUCGCGAAGAGCAGGGUUCUCAUGUGGGUGACAUGUUUCUUUCGGCAAUUUGGGCAUUCAGUUGUUCGGUCAGAUUACCUUAUUCUCCGCAGAGGCUUUAUCACGAAUCACCACCUUACUCACAGAUAUGAUUUUCAUGGCUACAUGAUUCGCUCCAUGGAAGAGGAGUUCCAAAGGAUAGUUGGUGUUAGUGGUCCUUUGUGGGGAUUUGUCGUUGCUUUUAUGCUUUUCAAUAUAAAAGGUUCUAAUCUUUAUUUCUGGAUAGCUAUCAUUCCUGUAACUCUCGUGCUUCUAGUUGGAGCAAAGCUACAGCAUGUGAUUGCGACCCUGACGUUGGAGAAUGCGGGCAUUUCUGGCUACUUUGCUGGAAGAGAGCUGAAGCCUCGAGAUGAUCUUUUCUGGUUCAAAAAGCCAGAAUUACUGUUAUCGUUGAUCCACUUUAUUCUAUUCCAGAAUGCGUUUGAGCUGGCUUCAUUCUUUUGGUUCUGGUGGCAAUUCGGAUACAAUUCUUGUUUCAUAACGAACCAUACUCUCGUUUAUAUACGACUCAUAUUGGGGUUUGCAUGUCAGUUUCUUUGCAGCUACAGUACCUUACCCCUGUAUGCUCUAGUCACUCAGAUGGGUACAAAUUACAAAGCAGCAUUGAUCCCACAAAGGAUAAGGGACACAAUCCAUGGGUGGGGCAAAGCUGCUAGGAGAAGGAAGAGAAGACAUGGAUUCACCGACGACUCCACCAUACGCACCGACACAAGCACAGUGAUAUCGCUCGAGGAUGAAGACAAUCAUCAGCUUCUCGAUCCUCCUGCUGACACGAACCCUAUUCCAGGAGGGAAUGAUCAUCACAUAGAGCUGCAGCCAGCUUCUGCUCCUGAUUCCCUCCUAACCAGUCCUCUAGGUCCUGUUCCCAACGAAACUUCAUCCCGAGCUGGCACCCCUCUCCUAAGACCUUCUGCCUCCUACAUUGCUUCCCCAGUCGCUUCUAGAGUCGUGGUCGAGGACAGUUUCCCUAGGGCAGCAUCUAUGCCUGCCAGUAGAAGAUAA